AUACAGGCGACACGCCACCCCCACCAAACCCUACCCCGCGAGUUCGCUCCCCUUCUGCUUCCGCCGAUCGACUUGCCCGCUCGAUUCCGCCAACCCCUCGACCCGAUCGGCUCCCCCGAUCGCCGCACCCGCCGGGCGCUCCAAUCGGCUGUUGGCGUUUGUUGAUGGCCAAGGCUUCCUUCAAGAUGGAGCACGAACUAGAAAAGAGGCUAUCAGAAUCUGCUAGGAUCAGGGACAAGUACCCAGACAGAAUUCCUGUGAUUGUUGAGAAAGCUGGCAAGACUGAUGUCCCAGAGAUCGAUAAAAAAAAGUACCUUGUCCCUGCUGAUCUCACCGUCGGCCAGUUUAUCUUUGUGGUGAGGAAGAGGAUCAAGCUGAGCCCCGAGAAGGCCAUCUUUGUCUUUGUUAAGAACACUUUGCCACCAACUGCCUCUCUGAUGUCCGCGAUCUAUGAGGAGAACAAGGACGAGGACGGCUUCCUCUACAUGACUUACAGUGGCGAGAACACCUUCGGCUCUGCCUAAGCAGCUGCCCCCUGCCACUGUAAAUAAACAAGCUUGACCAGGCUGCUGCUUCUUGCCGUCGUAAACAUGGUGUACAUACACGUCGUCUCUACUACGCUGCCGGAUUGCUUCAAUGGUUUAUUUCGUCAUUAGGUUUGAAGUGUUUUGGGCAUUAUAAAGGUGGAAUGGCCCGUGGUACUGAGUUCUAUUUGCCUCUGCAUAUUUGUGCACUUUGCCUUUGGGCUCGUCUGAUCUGUGAUUGACUGAUUGGCGUUAUCUUUGUUCAUUAUGUUCGUUUUAAAUUGCCGCUGCUGAGGGCAUAGUCA